AUGCAGAAAUGUUAUUAUUCCCGGAAUUUAUCUAUUUCGAGAAAUUCUUCACCUUGUCCCUUACCAAACUAUUCUACUACCCAAAAUGUUGCGACUACACGGUCUACUGCUCACACUUCGCUUACUUUGCAUCAACCUGUUAACAAAUUGGCCAUUCCCGGGUCAUAUUUACAAUACCGCUCGGCUUCAAGAUUAGCGAGAUCAUUGGCGCUGAAUCCUGGGAGUACCGCGGAGACCUAUGUCGCAUAUGGCAUAACACAGAAAUUGUUUGAGGCUUGUUCCAGCCAAGCCGACUACAGAAUUCCCCAGGCGUCGCAGAAGGGCGUGCAGAUUCCGAAAACAGAGACUGGUGAGGAUCUUGGUAUCGGGCAAGGAUGGUGGUAUGAAGUUAGAUUGCGGGCGCUACCAUCGCGCGAGAGCCUACGGACGUAUUCACGUCACUUGAUCGAUCACUUCUCCCACAACGCUGAAUAUCGCAUGGAUGUUCUCCAUGGGCUAACGAGUCGCGGAAUCCGUAACAAAUAUCUUAAAGACCUAUUCAUCCAAUGGCGAGGAAUUUUGGCGGCGUACGAUGAGGGCCUUGUUAAAGGGGAUGCUGUACUAGGUGCGGCCAUUUGGAGAAAUCUAUGGAAAGCAAAUUAUACGGGCCCCGACGGUAAAGAUUUGGACUGGACGAAGGUCGCGCGUGUGGUGGCUUACAUGCGGCGUGUUUUGUCAGAACUCUCUAAGGUCAAUGAGGCUGAUCUUGUCUUUGCCUUAGGGCGAAGUGGUGGAAAACCAGGCAUAUUUGGGCAUCGUGAAGUGGAUAAGAAACUUGUUGAGUAA